UUCGAAAUGAUACUAAAAACGAAAAUUGGAUCAGCAUGCUUAAAAAUGUUACUAUACGGUGGUGUAAUGUUUAUCAUCGCAACACUUUUUUUCACCAGUGAAAUUUCGGGGAAUAAUAGCGGCGACGAAAUUAAUUACCGUUUGCCGAACAGCGUAGUACCAUUGCACUAUAAUGUCCACUUAAUACCAUAUCCAUAUUUCGAAGAUGUAAAAAAUAAUUUUCAUUACACCGGUACCUGCUAUAUCACAAUUUUUAUUCUUUAUUCAACAUGGAAUAUAACUAUUCACCUACAAACUACAGUGUCCAUAUUUACGGCGGAGUUCGAUAAUUACUUCGUAGCGACUCAUCUCCCAAGUGCUACGCAGAACAUUACAGAAGACACAAUCGUUUUUCAUUUUCUCGAUCAGCUAGGACCUGGGAUUUACACUGUAAAGAUAAUAUUCGACGGUUUUACAAUUCACAACAAACGUGUCUUCUAUAGAACUUUUUUUGAAAAUACGGAAAACAAAACAGAGAUAGCGACUGUAACAAAUUUCCAAAGGAUCGGGGCGCGACAAGUGUUCCCAUGCUGGGAUGAACCUGCGAUGAAGGCAACGUUUACAUUAAUUGUAACUCACUUUUCUGAGUAUACAGUUUGGUCAAAUAUGUUGAAAAAAAGAACUCAGGUCAUUGUUAACUGGAAACGGACAAUUUUCCACGUUACUCCACCAACAUCUCCUCAUCGCAUUGGACUUAUACUGACCGCAGAAAGUUUUACCAACUUUGCUGAACGUUCUAAUAAAUCUGUAGUGCAGUAUAGACAAACAAAAACAAAAGAUCUAACUUUUACAAUAAUGAUUAUUGAAAAAGUCAAACAAUACAUGCAACACAGAUUGAAGAUCAAAGAAGUAUUACAAAAUAUAAGUCAUAUUGUAAUCCCGGGCAUCCUAGAUAACAUACAGAAUUCGGGUCUCAUUUGUUACAAUGAAGCAGAUGUUAUCUACAAUAAUACAUUAGACUCCCCUGGUCGCGACAGAGAGGUGGCAUACUUAGUGGCACGACAAGUAGCAAGUCAAUGGUUUAGUAAUCUGGUCAGCCCAUCUUGGUGGUCCGACGAAUGGGUGAAUAAAGGUUUAGAAAUGUUCUAUGGCAUAGAUGCUAUCAAUGAGCUUUUUCCACAUUAUCAUAUAAUGGAUUUAUUCGUAGUUCAAAAUCGUGACUUGCUUAAUUUGGAUCCAUAUAUUAUGACGCUUCCACCUUUUAUAUCAGAAAUCAAUAGCCCCUCCGACAUUAAUUCGCUUUCUUUUUUUCCCUAUUAUCUCAAAGCAUCGAUUUUUUUUCGCAUGUUAAAACAUAUAAUAAUUGCCAAACAGGCACAAGUCUUUCUACAAGGUAUUCAACUUUAUUUAAACACAUAUAAAUUUGGCUCAGCAAAUUCGGACGACUUUUGGACUGCUAUGCAAACUACUCUAAAUAAGACAAAUUACGUACGCAAAUUUGAUUUAAAAAAAAGAUUACAAAAUUAUAUGUGGUAUCACACUUCAAUUGUGCUAGACGUAAAUCGAAAUUAUAAGACUGGAUACACGAAAGUAUCGUUCAUGCCUGAAAAUCUAAAUAACCAAACUCUUUUAACCAAACGAGAGUUUAUGAUACCUGUGACUUAUACAAUUCAAAAUAGUGCCAAGUUCAACAUAACUUCGACGAAUAUCAUGUGGCUAAAUGUAUAUACGUACGAUAAGAAACGUGUGUCUUUAAACUUUAAUUCCUAUAAUAUAAAUGGUUGGUUAAUACUCAACUUACAACAAAUCGGAUAUUAUCGCGUCAAUUAUGAUUUAACAAAUUGGAAGAAAAUUGUAAAAUUUUUGAACACGAAAAAAUAUACGGAAAUACAUGUUCUUAAUCGUGCUCAAAUUGUUGAUGACGUAUUUAAUCUUAUGUUACAUCAACGUGUACGUGGUAAUAUAUUCUUACAAGUCUUGAAAUACCUUUCGCAAGAGACAGAUUUUGUGGCAUGGUACCCAAUGUUCAAAGCUUUUGAAUAUUUGUCGUAUUCCUUUCCAUUGAGUCAAACGAAAAAAAUGAAGAAAAAAAUAAGACAAACAUUAAAUAGUGUUAUUAAAAAGAUAGGAUAUAAUGAUCCUACUAACAAUCAUUCUAACAAUUCUGACAAUCCUUUUUACGAUUCUAGAAUAAUUUUAAGACACGAAAUUAUGAGAUGGAUAUGUGUUCUUAAUGAUGCCAAAUGUAAAAAAAUGGCUCACAAAAAAUUGCAACAAUAUUUGGCUGCAGGAGAAAGCUUAAAUAAUUCUAUGAUUUGGCCUGUGCCAGGAUUAAUGGAGUGGACAUUCUGUUACGGUGUAAUGACAGUAAAGGAUAAUGAUUGGUAUACAUUACUGGAUAGAUGGAAACACUUGCCUGAAAAAUUAUUCAAAUUUUUGGCUUGUUCUGAAAAUAUGCAUAUCAUCACGACGUAUUUGCAUAUAAUAGCAUUGUCAAAAACGCAUUUUGAUGAACCAAAUGACCGUAUUCAUAUUUUUUAUUUUAUUAUUGCAAGGCAUAUAACGAAUAAACAAGUGUUUCAGUUUGUACUAAAGAAUUUUAAGACAACAAUACCCAAAGAAAUCAAGAGAACCGCAGCAUUA